UUCUUUCUCCUUCAGUGCUCUGUGAAAAGCUGUAUUACUGCCUUUCAUGUCACCUGUGCCUUUGAGCACGGCCUGGAAAUGAAGACCAUCCUAGAUGAGGGCGAUGAAGUAAAGUUCAAGUCAUUUUGCCUCAAGCAUAGCCAAAACAAGCCAAAACUUGGAGAUGCCGAGUACCACCACCACAGAGCUGCUGAGCAGAGCCAGGCAAAAAGUGAGAAAACCAGCCUACGGGCACAGAAGCUUCGUGAACUAGAAGAAGAAUUCUAUACCUUAGUCCAGGUAGAAGAUGUUGCCAAAGAGAUGGGGCUAUCUGCAUUCACUGUCGACUUUAUCUAUAACUACUGGAAACUAAAGCGCAAAAGCAACUUCAACAAGCCUUUAAUCCCCCCAAAAGAGGAUGAACAAAAUGGCUUGGUUCAGCCAAAAGAAGAAAGCAUUCACACUCGGAUGAGAAUGUUUAUGCAUCUGCGGCAGGACCUAGAGAGGGUCCGAAAUCUGUGCUACAUGAUAAGCAGACGAGAGAAGCUGAAACUAUCACACACCAAAGUGCAGGAACAAAUCUUCGGUUUGCAAGUCCAGCUUAUCAAUGAAGAAAUUACAGACGGACUUUCUUUGACAAAUGCACUAGAGAACUCACUGUUUUACCCACCACCACGAAUUACCUUAAAGUUAAAAAUGCCUAAAUCAACCUCAGAAGAUUGCAGAGACAGCUCCACAGAAACUGAACACCAACCCUCGUCUCCUGGAAGCAGCUCCCCUAGUCACAGUAAAAGGAGCCCCGAGAUGCCUGAGGAGCCACUGGAUACGAAUGUGAUAUAUCCAAGAUAUCCACUAGAAAGCAAAAGUAACUGUGUGCUGGCUAGCCGAAGCCAUUCUCGAAGUGAAACCAGGAGCUCCAGUCCUACUCAGAGAGCUCCAUCUGCAGAAUUCUAUCAUGGGCAAUCAUUAGGGAAGCCUCUGGCCCUUCAGGCUGCCCUCCAUGGACAGUCUUCUAUUGGUAAUGGGAAAAAUCAGCCUAACUCCAGGCUUGCUAGUUCCAAUGGCCUGGAGGGCAACUGGUCUGGGAAUAUCACCCAGAAAGUUAAUUCAGGUGAGAUGUGCUAUGACCAGGAGUCCAUGCUCAGCUCCCACUUGCCCAGUUCAGGCAACAUUAGAAAAUCUGGCAUGGAACACUUCAGCAGGUCCUUUAAGGAGGCUACCAAUACAUGGGUAAAGCCUACUGAGGACCUCCAGUACUGUGUUAAGCCAACUAAGAAUGUGAGCUCUAAGGAGCAAUUGUGGGGUAGACCGCUUCUCAGGCGGUCCACAGGAAGAGCUUCAUAUCAGGAAACUGAUGGCUAUUGCCCUGACUUGGAGCCCAGUGAUUCAGAGGCAGAAGGGGAGGGGAAUAAAGAAACAGUGAGGGUAAAGAGAGAGAGUUCUGACAGAGAAAAUCCUUCCCAUGAUUCUGCUCGGGAGUGCCAUGGGAAAACCAAGACACACCCUCAUUCCCACAGCUCAAUGCAAAGGUGAUCAGAAAUGCCUAAAGGUAACCCAGCCUUUGCCUUUGCCCCAUAUACUGGGGGAAAUCUAAACACCAAAAGGAUUCUAGUGUAUAUUAGGGGGAAUUGCAGGGAAACUGAUGGUUUGAAGUUUUUGAAAGUGUUUCAGGUCUAGUUUUUAUAAGCACAUUAUGAGAGUUGCAGAUUGUCUGGGGUUGCUUUGUCGGAGGCUGCUGGGAACAGUUGGGCCCAGAGUAUUUGCUCAGCUUUCCCGUUACAUUAACACACUGAUUAAUCUAUGUAUUAAGAUUCCUUGCAUUGUCAAUGGAUUUGCAAGAGGAUAUGAAAGACACUAAAACUACUUAUCUUUUGAAACUAUAAUAUGUGACUCCUUGAAACUCAAAUCUGUAGAAAGUUUCUAAUUCCACUGGUAUCUGUAAAACCUCUUGAAGAGAGAGACCAGGAGAGCACAUUCUCAGAUACUGAUACUUACUGUUGUCUUCCUUGCUUCAUGCAAGGUUGAGUUUCUUUCACAGUAUCAUAUCUUACAAAGUCAGUUCUUCUAAAUGUCCAGUGCCUGUUCCUAGAUCUGCUUCUUGGGGACACACUCAUAACUCUCUUAUCCAGCUAACAAGCUAACUUGUGGAUAGUGUUUACAAAAGUACAGAAGUACUACUUCCAAGGAAAAUGCUCUGCUUCUCAAGGCAUUUGUGAAGACGUCCAGAACAUUUCCCAAAGUGUGACCUUUUCUGGUAUAUUUGUACCAGGUCAGGGUUUUUUGUGUUGUUUUCAAAUAAGUUUGACUAAAGUUUGGCUGACAGUUUUUGUAUACUUGCUUUAAUGUUUAUAAAAUUUUUAUUGAGGAAUAAUUAAGAUAUAGUGUAAUGCACAGAGGCUUAAGUAUUCUUACCUGCUUUAAUUUUGAAACAGAUUUUUAUUGUCAGAAAUUUGAAAGCAUGUGUUUAACACAUGGAUAUAAUUUAGCUUUGUAUGAAUUUUAAAUCCAAGGCAAUUUCCCAAGCAUAAAAGUUGGAGCCAUUUUUCAGAACUUGCUUAUACCACAUUACCAAAUAAUCAGCCUUGAUUCAUUUCUAGACGAAGAGAAUUUUGAAGUAGAGGAUAAAACAAGUCUGCUUCCCAUUUAAGAAAAGGAGAAAGUAACAGUUUGUAAGAAUAUGAGGCAGACUGUAAUUCUUAGCUCCCUUUUCUUCUUAGCCUUAAAAUAAUAUUCUCUUUCUUCUAGUUUGGGAACAUAUAGAGAGAAUUUUCAAACAAGAGGCCAUUUUCAAUUUUUGAAGUUUCAUGCUGAUGAAAGAAGCCAGCUGCAGUAGGUGCCAGUGAGAGGGCUGUAGCCCUUUAGCCAAUGCUAUGGAGCUAGAAAACUCUGCAGUUUGCCUCUCCCUCACUUUCAUUCUUAGAGCCUCAUUAAAGGCUUCUUUGGGAGGUUGUUUUCUCCUGUUUUGAAAACUUGUGUAUUUUGCCUCUCCUUUGGCUGCAUCUUCAAAAGAUUCCUUUUGUGCCUAUGAACAUGUGUGAACAUACCAUAACAUGAAUAGUAGGUUUCCUGUAUUUUGUUUUAGUUGAAAAAUGAGGAAGAGAAUUUCCUUUCUUCAUACCCUCAGCUUCUGUGCUUAUUUGAAUACUUAUAGGGUACAUACAAAUUUGACACUUUUGUGGUAAUGAGAAUAUAUUGGAGCUGAGUUGUAAAUUCCUUAAAGGCCAGCAGGUUGCCGGUGUCCUUUCAUGCUUUUGAAUUCUGAGGGAGGCGAGCAAACAUGGAAACAGUGCUUUAGCCAAAUUCCAUAUGUAAUACCAUUGGGAGAGUAUUGCCUGAAAUAUUCAAGUCAGGGAGAUAAAAUGGUAAUUUUUUUUACAGAAUUUUCCUGGGUAAACAAAUGAGCCAGCCUUCCGCUAUAUACAUUCCAAUCGCCCCAAGCAUCUGCUACAUUUUGUUCUUUGAAGUAUUACCUCUUAACCUUUGUUAAUGUUUUUUGUCUUGUCUUAUACAAGUUUUGAAGAUGAACUCAAUCUUUUCUCAAAUGUCACCUUUUUAUCAAUACUUUUACAUUAAAUUAUAAAAACUGUUAA